GCGUUCUGGCAUCUCCAUUCAGAUUAAUAAUUCAGAAGCGCUGAUCGUGUUGAGGGAGCGUCUCCGCGCUCAGCAGGAAGGAAACAUCCAGCGUGUGAGCUGUGUCAGAACCAGACGACGUUCCUCAGGAAGGUUUACUCCAACACACAUACACAUACACACACAAGGUAACGACUCUUCAGAUCCCUUUUACUGUUCAGAAAGGCAAACAUGGACUUUGUGCUUGGUUGAUCUUUGCUUAUUGAAACCAUGCGUUUCUGGAUUGUUGCUUCAAAAUAAAGGUGUGAGGUUUGUGAUGUGUGUUUGUGCUGUUUUUGUAAAGACUGAUGCUGAAAUGGAGUGUCAGUGUGAGAACAACGCCGAGGCUGCCCCUGCUGGCUGGUUCAUGGGAGGCAGCAACGUCCAGAUGGGAGGCUUCGCUGUGGUGGGCUACCUUCUCUACAGAUUUUCACAAACUCUCCCAGCGCUGAUCCGUUGGCCGAUCCGUUUCUUCUGCUACAUAACCGGUCUGUCAGCUCUUUGGGGCUGGGUGAGCCGCCUGGUCGGAACCUUCCGCGGAAUCAAGAACCUGUUGAAAUGGGUUUCUCGGGUUUGGCGGUUUCUAGUCGCAUUUUCCUCCAAACUCAAGUGGAUGGUUCCCAUCAUCAGAGCCAUCACAGGAUCGUCUGAUGAUGGACCACAGAUCAGUGGCACUUCAAGGGAGUCAGAUUUGAGGUUGAUCUUCCUGGGGCCAAACGUAGCGGACCGAAACAUCAUAGCAGACGAUUUGUUAGCAAUAGGCAGCAACAAGACGAGACCAUUCAGCAACGUGGUGAAGAAGGGCAUCAAGCAGAGCACGGUGCUGGACGGCAGAGAGAUUACAGUAAUCAACACCCCCGAUGUUUUAGGGUCGUCAAUGGGGAAUGCAAGCCGCGCCAGGGAGGCCCUAAGGAGCCUUCAGCUCACUAGUCCCGGCCCGCAUGCCUUUCUGCUGGUUAUCAAGGCUCAAAGCUCCGGCGAGUCGGUUGGCCAGGACCUCACCCGAGCCGUUCAAGGCGCCCUUGAACUGUUUGGAGAGGGAGUCACGGGAUACAUUAUCCCGGUGAUCUCUUAUGUGGACGGCAGACAAAGCUUCACCAUGGAUGAGCUGCUGGAGGGGCUGGAAAAGGCCUGCUCUAUCUGUGGUCAGAGUCCAGAGCUUGUGGACAGCAGCGCAUACGUUCCACCUACAGGAAAGUAUUCAAGUCGAAGGUCUAAAGACUGCGCUUACAGAGAUCUGGUUGAGCGUGUGUUAGAUGUAAAGGAGAACAGGGGCCAUUUUGUCCAUGAGGUGUACAAGAGGGAGGUCGAGCUGAGGGAGAAGCUGCUGGAUGACAUGUCCUCCGCACUGGCUCAACAACUGGGCCACAGGUAGAUAGGGGAACUACACGGCGAGAGGUGUUGGAGCGUUUGUUAGCCUUGGCUAAAGAAAAUUUUAAAAACAUAUAUAUAUGUAUAUUUCCAUUUGCCCUGUGGUUUUGUCAGUAUCUGUGUUUCCAUCGAAAAUGUGUGUAAAACUUUGUCAAUGUUCUGAUAAUGUCGAAAAAACACAUUUGUGAUAGUGGUGUUUGCAUGAAAUAACAAAUGCUGUUAUAAACCAUGGAAAUAAGUUUGUACACACAAUAAGUUAUUAAAAAUCAUCCUCCAACUA